CUUUUCUUUGUUGUGAGUUCCUUUAUCUUCUUAUGCAUAUUGUGAUAGUCGUAUACCUUUUCGCACUGUUCGAUUUCUUCGCAUCUCUUCGAGAACCAUUUGUGGUUGCGUAACUAUUUUCAUGUAUUUCGUUUUAUUGGUAAAAAAGUCUUAUGAUAUACAUUGAAAAAACAAACUAACUCAUGGUUCUUUCAGCAAAACCGGUGUGCAACUGGCACCGCCAUGACUACUGGGACGAUAAUGCAUCAAAUAAACCAGUCCAGACUGGUACACCAGUUUUUAUUAAGGAAUUGUGUGCUAGACACUUUGCUCCUGAAGAGGAAGUAGUAGUACAUAUGAGAGGACAACAAUUAACCGAAUUAUUCCUAACUACACAUGGAUUUAAUAAUCCUAUCACCAUAGAUGCAAAAGAUGGAUUAGACUUGACAAUUCCGCCUGAUAACUUUAGUGUCUAUGAUGUUGAAUCAUACAUUGGAGGUGAGAUGGAAAUUGAUGUUAUAGAUGUUUGCCGUCAAAAUAAUAUUAGGAUGAGGCUGAGUGAAUAUGUAGAAUAUUUUAACAGUUUAAAUCGUACACGAGUAUUGAAUGUUGUCAGCUUAGAGUUUUCAGGCACUGGGCUUAGUCCCUUUGUUGAAGCGCCAUUCAUAGCUCGUACACUUGACUGGGUUAAUCGAGUAUGGCCCAUAAACUACCCUGGAAAGCCUCAAGUUCAAAAAUAUUGUUUGCUUAGUGUAAAAGGUUCUUAUACUGAUUUCCAUAUAGAUUUCGCCAACUUCUGCCAAUUUGACUCUCUAUUCCCAGUGGAUGACAUCUACCAACCAAAGUGA